CUUCAUUUUUUCAGUCAGUUAUAUUUCUUCGCUUCUGAAUAACUAGUCAAAUUUUCUUAUAUUUUGUUAAAAAAAAAUGUCAGAUAACAAAUUUUAUGAUUUUCAAGAUCCUGAAAGUGCUGAGUCUUACGCAGAGUUAAGCCAAAACAGUACAGCUGUUGUGCCCUUGGAUACAUCCGAAGAUGCCCAUUUCUCUGAGCAGAUGUUUUCCAGUAUUCAGGAACGCUUAACCCGGAUCAUGAAACGCGUCCACAUGGCCAAUUCCGCCAUGGCCCAAAUGAAACGUAAACUGCAGACCCGUCUUCCAUCAUCGACGCAACUCGAAAAUGCCGACAAGUUUGCUGGAGGCGAUAAUCCAAUGAGAUUUGAUAAUAUCCAAGGCAGAGAUGAAGACACCAACGAAUGAUUUUAGUUUAUUGUUGAGUUUAUCACUUCUAAAUCUAUAUACGUUCUACCAAAUGAAAUAAUUAUGGGAUCAAGUUAAGAUAUUUGAGCAUAACGAAUACGCUAAUGAGUCGUCAAUGUGUCACAAUAACAAGUUUUGUUGAAAUAAAAUAACAUAUCUUUAACAAAAAACUAA